GGGACCUCCGGUUGCAGGUCCGCCUGGGCCAGACGCGCGAGUGCAGGUAGCGGGUGCGUGGUCGCCGGCCCGACCUCUGCAGACCCCUCCCCACCCCCGCCGAGUCCCGACCCUCCGGCCGUUCCCCCCUCACCUAGCCACCAUGCGCCUCCACCGCCUAGUGUUCCCGGUCGUUACGCUGCUUCUCGCCGCGGUCCGCCUCGCCGCUGCCUCCGACGUGCUGGAACUCACGGACGACAACUUCGAGAGUCGCAUCUCCGACACGGGCUCUGCGGGCCUCAUGCUUGUCGAGUUCUUCGCCCCUUGGUGUGGACACUGCAAGAGGCUUGCCCCCGAGUAUGAAGCUGCGGCUACCAGAUUAAAAGGAAUAGUCCCAUUAGCAAAGGUUGAUUGCACUGCCAACACAAAUACAUGUAAUAAGUACGGAGUCAGUGGGUAUCCAACCCUGAAGAUAUUUAGAGAUGGUGAAGAAGCAGGUGCUUAUGAUGGGCCUAGGACUGCUGAUGGAAUUGUCAGCCACCUGAAGAAGCAGGCAGGACCAGCUUCAGUUCCUCUGAGGACCGAGGAGGAAUUUAAGAAGUUCAUUAGUGAUAAAGAUGCCUCUGUGGUGGGUUUUUUCAGGGAUUUAUUCAGUGAAGCACACUCUGAGUUCCUGAAAGCAGCCAGCAACUUGAGGGAUAACUACCGAUUUGCACACACCAAUGUUGAGUCUCUGGUGAAGGAGUAUGAUGAUAAUGGAGAGGGUAUCACCUUAUUUCGCCCUUCACAUCUUGCUAACAAGUUUGAGGACAAAACUGUGGCAUAUACUGAACAGAAAAUGACUAGUGGCAAGAUUAAAAAGUUUAUCCAGGAAACCAUUUUUGGUAUCUGUCCUCACAUGACAGAAGACAAUAAAGAUUUGAUACAGGGCAAGGACUUACUUAUGGCUUACUAUGAUGUGGACUAUGAAAAGAAUGCUAAAGGUUCUAACUACUGGAGAAACAGAGUGAUGAUGGUGGCAAAGAAAUUCCUGGAUGCUGGACACAAACUCAGCUUUGCUAUAGCUAGCUACAAAACUUUUAGUCAUGAACUGUCCGAUUUUGGCUUGGAAAGCACUACUGGAGAGAUUCCUGUGGUUGCCAUCAGAACUGCUAAAGGAGAGAAGUUUGUCAUGCAAGAAGAAUUCUCGCGUGAUGGCAAGGCCCUGGAGAGGUUCCUGCAGGACUAUUUCGAUGGCAACCUGAAGAGAUACCUGAAGUCUGAGCCUAUCCCAGAGAGCAAUGAUGGUCCUGUGAAGGUAGUGGUAGCAGAGAAUUUUGAUGAAAUAGUGAAUAAUGAAGAUAAAGAUGUGCUGAUUGAAUUUUAUGCCCCUUGGUGUGGUCAUUGUAAGAAUCUGGAGCCCAAAUAUAAAGAACUGGGAGAGAAGCUCAGGAAAGAUCCAAAUAUUGUCAUAGCCAAAAUGGAUGCCACAGCCAAUGAUGUGCCUUCUCCAUAUGAAGUCAGAGGUUUUCCUACUAUCUAUUUCUCUCCAGCUAACAAGAAGCUAAGUCCAAAGAAAUAUGAAGGUGGCCGUGAAUUAAAUGAUUUCAUUAGCUAUCUACAACGAGAAGCUACAAACCCCCCUAUAAUUCAAGAAGAAAAACCCAAGAAAAAGAAGAAAGCACAAGAGGAUCUCUAAAGCUGCAGCCAAACAUACCACUUUGUAAAAGGACUCUUCUACCAGAGAUGAGAAAACAUUGGGGAGAACUGGGAACCAUGUAGGAUUAUUUUACCUCUCGGGGCUGAGAGGACAGAAUGGAUAUAAUUUGAAUCCUGUUAAAUUUUCUCUAAACUGUUUCUUAGCUGCACUGUUUAUGGAACCACCAGGACCAGUUUAUGUUUGUGGUUUGGGGGAAAAUUAUUUGUGUUGGGGAGAAUGUUGUGGGGUGGGGGGAAGUGAGUUUGGGGGUUAUUUUCUAAUUUCUUUUGUACAUUUGGAACAGUGACAAUAAAUAAGCCCCCUUUAAA